UUCAUCAUUUCAAUCAAUUUUAUUAUAUCAUAUAGCUUCCUUUUGUAUUAAGUGGGCAAAUAUUGGUGGAAAUUCAUGAAGCGUUUAAUCCAAUCUUGUUAUAAACCCAUAAAAUGAUUGUCCCCAUAUCGAAUUACAUCCACGAGCUUUUAUUAAAGUGAUUUUGCUUAUUCCUUUCGAGUUCAACUUUGAUCGUCGCAAGAAACACUCCAAAAAUGAUUGAUUUUGAAGCUGCUUGUUUAUCACAAAAUAUUUCAGAGUUUUUAACGGGUGGAGCUUUUUGCGACCCAGUUUUUGAUGGGUUCUUGUGUUGGCCAGCUACGAAAGAAGGCCAAUUAGCUUCACAGGAAUGCCCAUCAGCAAAAAGCAAGAAAAACGCAACUAAAUUCUGUACCUCAUCUGGAUAUUGGAAAGGAACGAAUUACACUCAAUGUUGGGUCUAUUACGACGCUUCGAGUUAUGCCGUUGAGUUUUCAAAGAACGAAAAUGAAUCUCCCGAUUAUAAAUGGUGGUCGAUUAUGAAAAAUAUUUCUCAUAUUGGUUAUUGGUGCUCUUUAAUUGUUUUGGUCGUUUCAAUGUUAAUCUUUCUCACUAUGAGGAGAUUAUAUUGCGCUAGAAAUCGCCUUCACAUGCACCUUUUCGCCUCGUUUAUUUUAAGAACAACCAUGUUUUUGUUAAAAGGAUUUUUAUUUUUUGAAAACGUCGCAUUUUAUUCCGAUAUUAUUUAUAUCCCUGGGAAGGGGUACUUUAUACGCGAUCAAUUUAAUUGGGUUUGUAAGUUAUUCAUCAGCAUUUGGAAUUACUCUAUUUUAGCUAAUUAUAUGUUAAUUUUAAUGGAAGGGGUGUAUUUACACAAUUUAAUGUAUUCAAAGCUUUUUUCCGAUAAUAAUAGGAUCACUUUUUAUUACUGCUUUGGAUGGGGUGUGCCGUUUAUAUUUUUAAUCCCUUGGGUGAUUUUAAGGGCUCAAUUGGAUAAUUUGAUGUGUUGGACCAUGUCAACUAACUCAACCAUCUCGAUGUUGGUUCAAAAACCUUUGGAGAUUGCAGUUAUAAUAAAUUUCAUUUUAUUCAUCAUGAUUGUUAAAGUUUUAUGUACAAAAGUAAACUCAAUGAAUUUACAGCAAAGAAAAAAUAAAUACAGUCGCUUAAUUCGAUCAACUUUAACAUUACUAUUACUUUUUGGUGUUCCUUACGUUAUAUUCAUCGUAGUUUAUUUUUGUGAGAACGAAACUUUGUUGUACAUCUGGUUAUUUUACGACCAAGUUUUCACAGCGUUUCAAGGUUUCUUCGUUUCAUUACUUUAUUGCUUAUUAAACAAGGAAGUCCAAACAGAAAUUAAAAAUAAAUACGAAAUCUUAAAAAUCAAGCACAAAUUUCCACGAAGAUCAAGAAAUUCAUCGCACGAUGAUGCAACCAGGGAAUCUUUUGAGUCGAGGAUUAAAAAUUGGUUUAGUUCCACCGAGUUUUAAUUAAUUUGUAUCAUUUA